AUGGCCCCAAUUCCCGACUGGAUCCACGGAGUCCUUCACAAUCAACAAGUGAUCGCCUCAGAUGCCAGCUUCUCCGAAAAGGCCAUCGUUCUCCUCGUCGUGGGACACAUCCUGGUCCUCUACACGGUCUUAUGUUGGCUCGGAGCUAGCACGAUCACUGGUGAACCCCAUCAUGAAUACCCGUCCUUCCAAAUGUGGAGCUUCAAGCUAAGAAUACCAUGCACAGCAGCAGACAGCGGCGAUCAUCGAACGGCCGAGUGCCUCGAGGGCCAGUACGAGCUCGAGCUGCGAGAGGCGAGCAGCUCCAACGUCAAACACGGCCCGAGCACCUUCAGCCUGCAUACCUGCAUAUUUAAUGACAAGUGA